AUGUCUUCAAACGAUGCAUUUUUACAAGAGUCGCAGGUACAAUUGUUACUCUUAGGGACGAUACUUCCCGCGGCAUUGGGUACGCUAUUCGUCGCAGGACAUCUAUAUACACGAGCGGUGAUCACAAAAAUUCUGGGAUGGGACGACUUCUGCCUUGUUACAGCAUGGGUCCUUAUCAUCUCCCAAACUGUCUCCGCCAGUCUCUCCUGUAAUUACGGUGGUGGUCGCCACAUCGAGCUCCAGAGACCCGACGACCUCAAGCCCUUAGCCAUCCUCGCAUUCGUAUCCCGACUUCUCUACCAACUUGGUCUCAUGAUGGUACGGAUUGCCAUGUGCUUGCUCUAUUUGCGAAUUUUCCAGGAUAAAACGAGUAAGAUCAUCAUAUACCUCCUGAUACUUUUCCAACUUGUUGCGACCAUUCCUGCUACGUUGGUUUUGGUUUUUCAAUGCGAUCCUAUCAUUUCGCAAUGGGAUCCUAACGUUGAGGAAAUUCAUUGUGAUGAUCCCAUGCCCGCCAUAACUGCUUUUACAGUUUGUAGUGUGUUUAGUGAUGCGGCGCUGAUUGCUUUUGCUGUGCCAAGAGUUUUACCACUUCAAAUCCCCAAACUCCAGAAAGCUUUUCUCCUAGCUAUAGUUAGUUUCGGUCUCCUCAUAAUCAUCGUCUCGAUCAUCCGAUACGUGCGCUUGGAACCUGUCUACGCGGGGAAAGACUACACAUGGAACAUGUGGCAAAUCACAACCUUCGCGUCAAUUGAACUUAACACGGCACUUUUCUGCGCGAGCGCUCCUUCGACUAGAGACCUCUCGUGCGCGAAUUAG